AUGAAGAGAGAGCAUCAGGAGAGCGGUGGGGGAGUUGGAGGGUAUCUGACGGUGAAGAUGCUGUCGAGCGGCAAGGGCAAGGUGAUGGCAAUGGAGGAGCAGGACGGUGGAGUGGAUGAGCUCUUGGCUGCACUGGGUAUAAGCUCUGACCUCCAUUCUCGAUCCGAUGGAGUGCUCUACUGUGACCACUGUCGACUUGCCAACCCCACGGUGCCAGUCAGAGUACGAUCUCAAACCCAUCCCUCCAUCAUCACCGUCACCUCCAAUCACAUCAUGUACAGAUCGGAGCUGCCAGUGGAGCUGAACGCAUGGGAUCGCAAGAGGAUGAGGACCUCGUUCUCUUCCUCGUCUUUAUCUCGUGCAGGAGGUAUUGGAGUAGUAGGAGUAGGAGGGAUGGGAUCAUCGAUGCCUUCCAUGAUGGAGGUGUUGUCGAUGGUUAUGGGGUCCGCAGCAGGGGUGUUGCCGGUGGUGGUUGUAGACUCACAGGAAGCUGGGAUCCGGUUGGUCCACACGUUGAUGGCCUGUGCGGAGGUGGCGCAAGAGGAGAACCUCAAAGUGGCGGAUGCGUUGGUGAAGUAG